ACACGGGAUGCGGGCGCCGGUGGGGAGCUGAGCCACACUGCUGUCCUUUGGCAGAGCCCAAUGCGAGGACAUGAAGGUGGGGGCCCCGGCCGGGCUGGGGGCUGCGCACCCCAUUUGUCCCAGUUUUCCUAUUGGAUAGGAGAACAGCCACGUUGGUCCUCGUUCACCCGUAUGGAUGAAGCGUCUGGCACGGACAACGAGGCACGUCACUAAGACAAAUGAGCUGAUGCCUCCAAACGAACCCACAUCUCCCAUCACCCCCGCGUUGGGUCGGUGCUGUCGUGCAUUUCUCCAGAAGGGAAAGAGGAGCGGGCUCUGGCCGUGCUGCACACUUCGCCAUGUGAACCUGCCCGGCCUCGCAGAUGCCAGCUGUCAGCGCAGCCCUGGACCUGCAGAACGGUGUAUGGGAGAAUGGUAGAGAGCCGGUAAGACCAUGCUCUACACCAUGACAUGUUGGCUCCCGGUCCUGGUCCUCCACCUGGUCCUCCUGAGCCCACUGCAGGUGGCAGCCUGCCCUGCCCGCUGCGAGUGUGCCCCGCAGAUCAAGUCAGUGGUGUGUCACCGCAAGCGGCUCACUGCCAUCCCCGAGGGCAUCCCCACCGAGACCAAGAUCCUGGAGCUCAACAAGAACCGAAUCCGCUGCCUGAACCCAGGGGACCUCUCCCCAUACCCCUUGCUGGAGGAGCUGGACUUCAGCGAGAACAUCAUCACCAAUGUGGAGCCAGGAGCCUUCAGCAACCUCUUCAACCUGCAGACUCUGCGGCUGCGGGGGAACCAGCUCAAGCUCAUCCCCCCGGGGGUCUUCACCAAGCUGACCAACCUCACCCUUCUGGACAUCAGCGAGAACAAACUCGUCAUCCUUCUGGACUACAUGUUCCAGGACCUGCGGAACCUGAAGAGCCUGGAGGUGGGUGAUAACGACCUGGUGUACAUCUCCCAGCGCGCCUUCUCGGGGCUGCUUGGCCUGGAGCAGCUGACCAUCGAGAAGUGCAACCUGACCUCCAUCUCGGCUGAGUCACUCUCCUACCUCCAGAACCUCGAGGUGCUGCGGCUCCGGCACCUCAGCAUCUCUGCGCUGGAGGAGCAGAACUUCAAGAAGCUCUACAACCUCCUGCAGCUGGAGAUUGACAACUGGCCACUGCUGGAAGACAUCUCCCCCACCAGCUUCCAGGGCCUGAACCUCACCUCGCUCUCCAUCACCUACACCAACAUCACAGCCGUGCCCACUGCUGCCUUGAGGAACCUGGUGUACCUCCGUUACCUGAACCUGUCCUACAACCCCAUUAGCACUGUGCUGAAGGGCUCCUUUAAAGACCUCAUCCGGCUCCAGGAGCUGCAUAUCGUGGGCGCUCUCUUGGUGUCCGUGGAGCCGCAGGCCUUCUCUGGUCUGAGACAAAUCCGUCUGCUCAACCUCUCCAGCAACUUUCUCUCCACACUGGAGGAGAGCACCUUCCACUCUGUGAACACGUUGGAGACACUGCGGGUGGACAGGAACCCCUUGGCCUGCGACUGUCGCCUCCUCUGGAUCCUACAGCGACGGAAGACGCUCAACUUUGACGGCCAACAGCCCAUGUGCUCCACACCACCCGAAAUCCAGGGAAACGCUCUGCGUGACUUCCCCGACUCUGUGCUCUUCGAGUACUUCACCUGCCAGAAGCCCAAGAUCAGGGAUCGGAAGCUGCAGCACGUGACGGCCCGCGAAGGGCAGUCCGUGUCCUUCCUGUGCCGGGCGGAUGGGGAGCCGGAGCCCUCCAUCGUCUGGGUGUCCCCUCAGCACCGCAUGAUCACCACGCGCAGCACGGGGCGAGCGACUGUACUGCCAGGGGGCACCCUGGAGAUCCGGUUUGCCCAAGUGCAGGACAGCGGCACCUACAUCUGCAUUGCCAGCAACGCAGGGGGCAACGACACCUAUUUUGCCACUCUGACGGUCAAGGGACACCCAAACGAUGGCUCCUCCAACGCUAACCGGACUUUGUACCUCAAUGAGUUCAACGACACCUACCACAACGACACGCAGGUCUUCUUGAAGUUCACGCUGGAUCUCAAGACCAUCCUGGUGUCCACGGCCAUGGGCUGCAUCACCUUCCUCGGCGUGGUUCUCUUCUGCUUCCUGCUCCUCUUCGUCUGGAGCCGGGGCCGAGGGCAGCACAAGAACAAUUUCUCAGUGGAGUACUCCUUCCGGAAGGUGGAUGGACCCACCACCACCACGGGCCAAGGAGGAGCCAGGAAGUUCAACAUGAAGAUGAUCUGAGCCUCUCCAAAGGAGAACCAUUGGCUGCAGCCUGGCCGCAGGCACGGCUGUGGCACAAUGGGGCCGGGGGGCACAGGGGCAUCAGUGAUGUCCUGGGGCAUCAACAGGGCCAGCACCACGGUCAGGGACCGAAGGCUGUUAGACUGGAUGAUCUUGGAGGUCUUUUCCGACCUUAAUGAUUCUGUGCUUGGAUGACCCAGCUGGCCCCAGCCCCGCAGUGACCCCACAGGUGGACCAGGGGCCAUCCCAGCUCCCGAUGUAGCUGACGUUUUUGCUACCAACUAUGCAUUUCUCAAUGAGAUCAGCAGCGUUUCGGCCUGGGAAAACAAACAAACAAUCAAAAAAAAAACCAGAAAACACCAACUUUUCUUCCCCCUUUCCCCUCCCCCCCUUUUUUUUUGUUGUUGUUCUGUUUUUAAGAGACAUAAGAAAACUUUCUCGGUGUUAUUUAUGGUUGUUCUCCUCUUUUUUUUCCUCUGACACUUUUUAAAAUGAAUUUCCUAAAGAUAAGUCUUCCGGUGCAACACAGGACUGGGGAGCAGCACUGGGGUGUCCUCAACCCCUCCCUGGGCACAACCAGACCCCGAGGCAUGGCCACACCGUGGGACCUUCACCUGGGUGACUCCAGCAUGGGGCAGCUCAACCCUGUGGGCUGGGGGUGCUCCUGCGCAAGCAAUAAUGAUCCACACCUGUGCAAGUCAGUGCUGGGAGGUGAGCAGGAAGAAAUGGAGAAAUGAGGCAACAGGCAUUAAAAAUCGGAGGAGCAGCCCCACAGAGAGGCGGUAGCCAGGGUUGGGGUUGACCUGUUGGUAGCUGUGGGGUGGUGGGGUGUUUCUGCUUGGUGGUGGGGUGCAAAAAGCAGCUUUGGGUGAAUGCAGGGCAUUUCCUUCAGCUUGCAAACUUAAAGGCUGCAGGACAGAAGGAGCUGGCUCAUCCUGCAUGGGGAAAGCCAAAAAAAAAGACAGGAAAGAAGAGAAAAAAGGGUUGGAGCUGAGGAACCAAUGGGAGAAGGAACCCCAGAGAAAAGGUCCUGGAUGGUGCUGCUGCAGCUGGAAGGGGCACAAAGGUCUCGGCUGUGUGUGCACACGUGUGCUGUGCAAAGUGUGGGUGCAUGCACAGCACCCAUGCAGGUUGCUCCACUGCUCAUUUCCCCACUUGCCAUUGCAGCCAUAUUCCAGCAGCUCAUGUUCACCACGGGGAGCCCCCAUGGUCCCACUUCUUCCUCUCACCCUUUUCUGCACCCUCCUCAUCCUCAGAUCCCACAUCCCUCAGUAGUGGGGACUCGCUGCUACGGGGACAGUCCCCAGCAUUGUGAUCCUUGUCCUGUUGGUUCUUCCACCUCUGCUUGGCCUCGGGAUGUAAUUUCAGGCUGAGAAAAGGAGCAGCUGAGGGGAGAGCAUGGGUGGGAGCCAAGCACGGAGGGGCCAUCCCCAUCCCCAUUCUUGUGGGCACAUCUCACUGAGUGUCCCUUCUCCUUGGGAAUACGCCCAAGAUCCCAACUCCUGCAGGAGUUAAUGGCAUCCCCAGGCCUUUGGGGCUGUGUUUGGGGCACAAAGCCCCCUCAGGCUGCUCCCACGCCUUUCCCUGACCAUGUUUUGGAAGUGUGAUGGGGACGUCCAUCUCACCCUGUCAUCCUUCCAUGGGUCCCAUCGCAUGCCGGGUGCCCUCGUGCUCCACACACUGUGCAUGCUGCCUCAUGUUGGGGUCCCCCCCCGUGUCACCCCGCUCAGUGUCGGGGUUGAUUUUUACCUGGGGGGUGGGGAGGGGUCAGGCACAAAUCCUUGCAGGUGGGAACCUCCCACCACGUGCAAAGGAAGGUUUGGGCAGCGCAGACCUGCACGGUUUUAUAUGUGAUGAGCAUGUGAAACAUAUAUAUUUUUUUUGGAGGGGAGGGGGUGGGGAGAGGGGGGAGAAAAAAAAAAAGUACACAAAAUUAGGAUUUUUGUGAUUUGUUUGGGGUUUUUGGUGAGGUUUUGGGGGGUUUGUUUGGUGGUUUUUUUUUUUGCCUUUUCUUCCCCAUGUGCCUCAAGUAUAGGACAGCCACCUGUGCACUGUGCACAGGAUCCAUGCCAUGGCCUCCAGCAGAAGGGCUUGGGCAACACCCAGAGCUCAAUUAGGGGCAAACACAGAGCCCAGGGCAUUGGGGUGGGAUUACCAUGCAGGGGGGUGAGGGCCCAGGUGAGGUCAGGAGUGGAGGAUUUGGGCUUUGCCACUGAGCACCACUGCCAGCCCUGUGAACCCCGUAAUAAACGAUGUUAAAACAACUUUCAGAGGGGACCGAAGUGCAUAUUAAUAACUAAUAAAUGAUUAAUGCGCAUGUGUUAA